GCUCAGAUGCGUCUGUGUGGACCUAUUGUGUACACACUCCACCGUAUGCAUGUAUACGUAUCGGCAGAGAGGCUGGUGCAGCAACAGGAACCACAGAGGCAACGGGAGGAGUCGCAAGGCUUCACGGCGAAUAAAACUCCACGCCCCUCUCUGCUGAGCAUCCAUUUACAGAGCGGCUGAUGUCUGCUUCACUGAAUGCAUACAGACUCAGCAGUAACAGAGAAAAAAACCCCACAGUACUCAGGAGCUCCAGUGGAUUUGGAUUACAGCACUCAGGCAGCAAAGUAUAUCAACCUCACCACCGUGGAGAAGCAUUUCAGCGGGCAACAGAGCAUUUCUGGAGAGGUUUUAUUGCGUCAUUCUUGCAAGAAAUGUCCACAUUGGAUGUACUUAACCUCAGUGGGAAGGUGUAUUUAUAACACAGUCUAACCAGAGCUGCCCUCUCUUUGAAAAACUGAGAAGGAGGAUCUUGAGAAUUUCCUCGACUCAUCCAAGUGAUUAACAGCUACAGCACCGAGGAGUGGCUUGAGCAAACUGCAGCCCAUCUUUCCACUUCACCCGCCUGGGAUUCUACAGGUUGUUCUGGAGCUUUUUCUUCAGUUUCCAACAUGACCACCAUGCAGAAGCUGCUACAGCUGCCGGUGAACGCCGUCAACAUAGUGAAGACGGUGCAGAGCCAGGUUCAGGGCCAGGAGGAGGACAAGAGCCCGGUGCUGACCCCCGAUGGUGGGCAGCAGGCCUGGUACAGCGCCCUGCAGCCCGACGAGCUGCGACACCUCCGAUCUGGAGGCACUGGGGGAGGUGGAAGUGGAGACCAGGAGGAAAAAGCACCACUGGAGGAAGGUGGUGGUGGUGGGGGCAGUUUCCAAAAUCAACCUUUGCGACAUGAUGACUUGAAGGAAAUGCUGGACAGCAACAAAGACUCCCUGAAGCUGGAGGCUAUGAAGCGGAUCGUCGCUAUGAUCGCCCGAGGUAAAAAUGCAUCAGAUCUCUUCCCUGCUGUGGUGAAAAAUGUGGCGUGUAAAAACAUUGAGGUGAAGAAGUUAGUGUAUGUUUACUUGGUGCGUUACGCUGAGGAGCAGCAGGAUCUUGCUCUUCUGUCCAUUUCCACAUUUCAGCGAGGAUUAAAGGAUCCAAACCAGUUAAUCAGAGCCAGCGCUCUACGAGUCCUCUCCAGCAUCCGAGUUACCAUCAUCGUGCCGAUAAUGAUGUUGGCCAUCAAAGAAGCUGCUUCAGAUAUGUCUCCAUAUGUGAGGAAGACAGCUGCUCAUGCUAUUCCUAAACUCUACAGUUUGGAUCCUGAACAGAAGGACCAGCUUAUUGAAGUCAUAGAAAAACUCCUUGCUGACAAAACCACGUUGGUGGCAGGAAGUGUAGUCAUGGCGUUUGAGGAGGUGUGUCCAGAGCGUAUCGACCUGAUCCACAAGAACUACAGGAAGCUGUGUAACCUCCUGAUCGACGUGGAAGAGUGGGGGCAGGUCGUCAUCAUCAACAUGCUGACCCGCUAUGCCAGGACCCAGUUCCUCAACCCAAAUAUGAACGAGUCCCUGUUGGAGGAGGGAAACAGUGGCGAGAAGACCUUCUAUGGCUCUGAUGAAGAUGAGGAUGAAGAUGAGGAGGAGAAGGAGAAGAAGGCUGAGGCUGCAGCUAUGGCUAAGAGAAAGCCAUAUGUGAUGGAUCCAGACCACCGCCUGCUGCUGAGGAACACCAAGCCGCUCCUGCAAAGCCGAAAUGCAGCUGUGGUGAUGGCUGUGGCUCAGUUAUAUUUCCACCUUGCCCCUAAAGCAGAGGUUGGAGUGAUUGCAAAGGCUCUGGUCCGUCUCCUGAGGAGCCACAGCGAGGUUCAGUACGUCGUUCUUCAGAAUGUAGCGACAAUGACGAUCAAGAGAAGGGGGAUGUUUGAACCGUACCUGAAGAGUUUUUAUAUCCGCUCCACAGACCCAACGCAGAUUAAAAUCCUCAAGCUGGAGGUUCUUACAAAUCUGGCAAAUGAGACGAACAUUUCUACCAUUCUCAGAGAGUUUCAGACGUACAUUAAAAGCAUGGAUAAAGACUUUGUGGCGGCCACAAUCCAAGCCAUCGGCCGCUGCGCCACCAACAUCGGUGAGGUGAGGGACACGUGUCUGAACGGUCUGGUGCAGCUGCUAUCAAACAGAGACGAGCUGGUCGUAGCCGAGUCAGUGGUCGUCAUCAAAAAGCUGCUGCAGAUGCAGCCGGAGAAGCACAGCGAUAUCAUCAAGCACAUGGCGAAACUGACAGACAACAUCCAGGUACCGAUGGCUCGGGCUAGCAUUCUGUGGCUCAUCGGAGAAUACUGUGAACAUGUACCUAAGAUCGCACCGGACGUCCUGAGGAAGAUGGCCAAGUCGUUCACGAAUGAGGAGGACAUUGUCAAGUUACAAAUCAUCAACUUGGCUGCGAAGCUCUAUCUGACCAACUCCAAACAGACCAAACUGCUGACACAGUAUGUUCUGAACUUGGCCAAGUACGACCAGAACUACGACAUCCGCGACCGGGCUCGUUUCAUCCGUCAGCUCAUCGUACCCACUGAAAAGAGCGGAGCCCUCAGCAAGUACGCCAAGAAACUGUUCCUCGCCCUCAAACCUGCACCUGUUCUCGAGUCUCCAUUUAAAGAUCGAGACCAUUUCCAGUUGGGUUCAUUGUCCCACCUGCUGAAUGCCAAGGCCGGGGGCUACCAGGAGUUGCCCGACUGGCCUGAAGCCGCCCCAGACCCCUCCGUGCGCAACGUGGAGGUGAAGGAGUCUGUGCGUGCAGUGGGAACAGUUUUUGCGCUGCUUGAAAGAGUCACAACAUUAACGAGUGUACCGGAAUGGACCAAAUGCAGCAGCCGCGAGAAGAGGAAGGAGAAGAAGGUGGAGAAGCCCUUCUACUCAGACUCAGAGGGCGAGUCCGGGCCAACGGAGUCGGCCGACAGUGAGUCGGACUCCGCCAGCGGCUCAGAAAGCGGCAGCGGCAGCGAGGAGAGUGGGUCGGGAUCAGAGAGCGAAGAGAGCGAGGAAGGCUCUGAGUCUGAGGAGGAGGAGGAAGAUGAGGAGGAGAAGGACAAGAAGAAGAAAAAGAAAGAACUGAAAAAGCCAGUCCAGGAAACCGAAAGCGAACAGAGCAGCGAGGAAGAGGAGAGGAAGCACGAGAGGAAGCACGAGAGGAAGGCUAAACCCCGUAAGAGCGACUCUGAGUCUGAAUCUGAGGAGGAAGAGGAGGACAGUGAAUCAGAGAGCAGCCAGUCAGAGUCUGAAGAGUCUGAGUCUGAAACAGAGAUCAAAAAGAAGAAAAAGGCAGCUGAAUCCAAACCUCCUUCAAAGCCCGACAAAAAAGAGAACAAGAAAGAGAAAACAGAAAUGUCUUUACUCGACCUCGAUGACUUUGAACCAGCUCCUUCUCCACAAGUUACACCCGUCAACACCUUCCUAUCCAACAGCCUUGUGACCGAUCUAGAGGGACUGUCUCUGUCCGACACCGUUCUUUCUCCAGCAACCAUUUCUCCGUCCAGUGCAUUGAAGAACUACGAGCUGCUGCACCGCAUCACGGGGGAGGGUCUGUCGGUGGAGUACUGCUUCAGCCGGCAGCCGUUCAGCCCCGACGCCAACAUGGUGGCGGUUCAGAUGCACUUCACCAACAACGCCACGUCUGACACCAAGAACCUGCACAUGGAAGACGUGAAGCUCCAGUCUGGGAUGAGGGUCAAAGAGUUCCCAGAGAUCGAGCUGCUGCCGGCAGGUGAGACAACCACUGCUGUGAUGGGCAUUGACUUCUGCGACUCAACACAAGCAGCCAACUUCCAGCUGUGCACUCACACCAGGAAGUUUUUCGUGUCGAUCCAGCCGCCGGUCGGAGAGCUGAUGAGGCCAUUUUUUAUGACAGAAAACGAGUUUAGAAAGGAGCAAGAGACGCUUUUAAAGAGUCCCGGUCAGCUGAUGGGGAUGAACGAGAUCACAGAGAAGCUGACGUUGGACGCGAAAUGUCGGAACGAACACGCCAUCGUCCAGAGGGUGACCACCGCUGCAAACCUCAGCCGAGUCCCCUGUGGUUCAGAUAAAGAGUGCAGUCCUCCUGUUCCUCCUCCUGAUCAUCCUGUCCACAGGUUCGCUGGACGGACGGUGACCAGCAGCAGCCUGGUGUUAGUCACCGUGGCAACCAAAGAGGAAGGGGCCGCCCAGCUGACGGUCAACUGCGAGAAAAUGGUGAUCGGCACGAUGCUGGUGAAAGACAUCCUCCUGGCUUUGACGCAGUGAUGUGACCUUCGACCUUCGCCCCCUGCCCCCUCGCUCACAAUCCACCCAUGACACGUGUAGCAUCUUCUCCUUUUGUCUGUGAGACGAUUUCAGAAUGUUUGUUCCCCGCAGCGAUAACAAUGACUCCUCCAAACACUGAAUGGAUGCCACAUGACAAUCAGACAAGGCUGAUUUUCUGAUGUGAAAUAACAUCUGGCUUAAGAUUUAUACAUAUGAUGGUAGAAAGGUAACUUUGGGUAAGAUAAAAAAAAAAUCUGGUGUGAUAUUUCAAGAAAAAAAUCUAAAUUAUUGAGAUUAAUCUUCAGUGUAUAAGAAAAAAAAAGUCAUGUUCUCUGAGAAUAAAGUUUUAAGUUUAGAACUAAAAUGACAAAUUUACAAUAAAAGCUUAAUUCUGUCAUAAAAAUAAAAACAAUUUUGAAAAUUAAAAAAAAAUUAAACUUAAAUAUUCCAGGAGCUGUAAAUUGUACAUUUAUGACAAAAGAAAACUCUUCUAUUUAUCAGGUAGAAAUAUUAAUUUUAUGAGAAAAAAAAUGCAAGCAAAAAACACAAAUAUUACUUGAGAUUAUGAAAUCAUAAAUUUGUGAGAGAAAGUAGAAUAUGUUUUGUUUAAAGUAGUACAUUUUGGAGAUAAAAGUGGAUAUUUUCUCAGAGUGAUUGUAGAUAGAUUAAAAUUGGACAAUUCAAGCAACAUUCAAAUAUUCUCUGAAAUUAUAAAGAAUCUGAAAUUUGUGAGAAAAAGAUCAAAAGUUGUAAUUUUACUCAAAUAAUAAAGUAGAGAAAUGAAAAUUAAUACAUUUCCAAAUAAAAAAUCAAACUGAAGAAAAAAAUCAAAUAUUCUCUUAUAAUAUAAACUUAUGAAUUUGCAAAAAAAAAAAGAGCAAUGUUUUGAGGAUGAAAAGGUAAAUAAUUGAAAAAAAAGUAUUAUGUACAUUUAUGAAGAAAUCACUUGAAAACCAAAUUGAAUCUCUAAUAUUUUGGGUUUUUUUCUUGAAGCAUUACCCCCUCCUACCAGUACAUUUUUUUAAAUUUCACCUAAAGUAAAUAAAACACCAUUGUAUGUACAAAGUAUUUAUUUACAACUUAUUUUUUUGUCUUUGAGGAGCCUAUUGGACAUCUAAAAAAGAAAAUAAAGAGAAAACAGACAGAUGUGCAAGACCUUAAAGCUUCCAAAACAAAAGUAUUUCUUAAGUGUGAAAAAUGCUGAUUCUGUGGCCUUACAUUAGAAUGUCAUCAGUAGAACUAAGUAGAUCUGACACAGUAGCCACACAGCGGAGUGACAUAAUUAAAGACAAUAAAAUGAAAAAGUACCUCCAGAUGUUUUGAUUUUACCCCAAAAUGCUCAGUUCUUUUAAUGCUACACAAUAUUUAAAUCCAAACCAAGUUGAUAAAAGCCUCUUAGUUAUGAUCUAUUAGACUAUUUAAGACGUAGACAUAUUAGAAAAAAUUAUAGCGUAGGUUUAAAUUCCGAAAGUCAACCCUUAAAAUGCACUGAUUGAUGAGUUUAGUCCAUUUUCAUCCACAAGUUUCACUGCUUCAAUGUAGCAUGAAGGGAAAACAAAACAACUACUGCCUAUAUUGUAACUGAUCCAUUUGUUUUUGUUUUUAUUUAUGAAUAUUUUCACCUCACAGAGAAUAUUAAAUGCUUUUCAUCAUUUGUCAUUACAGUCAGUGGGGCAUUUCUAAAAAGAAGAUGUAUAAAUGUUAUUGUAUGUAUUGCAUCAUGUAAUACAGUACUACUAUAAAGUGUGGUGUGUGUGUGUGAGUGUGUGUGUGUGUGUGUGCGUGUGUGUGAGUGUAUGUGUGCGUUUGUGGGUGUGAUGACACUGAAUAUUAAACCUGACAAACGGUAACUUACUGUUUUCAGAAUUUGAAAUGAUCAUAAAGCACAUUUACACCAUCGAACCCAAAUAAAACCCAUCAGCUCUGGACAUAUUUUACACACACACACUGACACACUCGCUUGUUUUUGCUGUGAAACUUUCCUGCCAGACACAAAUAUCAGAAAUUAUUUAUUUAUACAGUCAGAUUUACACAAACCAAAGUUCAUCUGUUUGUCGGCUUCUUCCAACUGGAAUAAAAAGUGACUUCAACUAAUGUACUUCACGUCUUAUUGUGCAUUAAUCUGCUGUUUUUUCAGCAUUUUGGUGAAAUGACAUAAUAUUGACAACACUGCCUCCCUUCAGAUGUUAAGUACAACACGCCACAGCUUUUUCAUUUAAAUACUGAA